CUUGACGUCCGUGAUGCUGAAUUCCUCCUCCAUGGCGUAGAUGUCGUCGCUCGAUCAUUUCAGCUCAGCGACGAAACAAGCCGCAUGUCUGCACUGUCGAAGAAGCAAAGUCAAGUGUAAGAGGGACCAGGGUGACGUCGUCUGUGAACGAUGCCAAAAUGCCGGGCUAGACUGCUCAACUCCUGGGCAAUUCCAUGUCGGCAGACAGAAAGGGGUGAAAAAUAAGCGCUCAGGACUGGAAAAGGCAGUUUUUCAGAUUGAGGAAGCACUCAAAAAAUCACGCAAUGAUCCACCACUUGGCGCAGCCAGUAACACUGAACUUCAUCGUCUCCUAGAUGAAGCACGAUCCCGCCUGUCAUCAUCAGCACAGGGGCCAACAGGACCUAUUCCAGAUAUCACUCCAUCGAGACACAGUCUUGACGUAGACAACCAACAAUUAGCCCUCGAUGAUGCUGAAAAUCCAUUGCAGUUGCUUGCACGUGCGUCUGAUCUACAGCUAUCAAGUCCGCAAGGUUCGACACAAGAUGUGACGACACCAUCUAAUCGAAGGCCUACUAUUUCUGGUCCUCAAAUCACGCCCAAAGCCCAUCGUUUCUUCCGGCCCAUGAGAGCCACAAAUGCUAGUGAGGAAGAGCGACAUAAUGACUUGGAUCCCAUAGAUCUCGGGCUGGUUACCAUUGAUGAGGCAGAAAUGCUCACCUCUUUCUUCCAUCGAAACCUCGCGCACACGAGAUGGGGACUGGAUCCGUUUUUGUAUACGCUAGAUUUUAUCCGUAAACGCUCGUCAUUCCUACUCACUUCCAUCAUGGCGGCUUCGUCUCUGUUUAUUUCAUAUACCGAUGCAUUAGCCAAACGGCUCUCUAUACACACGAAGGUGCUAGCUCAGAGAGUCAUCGCACAGAGACUACGUUCGGUUGAGAUAGUUCUAGCUUUCAUUGUGAAUAUUCCAUGGAUGCCGCCUGGGGAUCACUCGGCCGACGACGACACAGGGCUUUACCUUGCUACCGCUAUGAGUAUCGCUUUGGACCUCUCCCUGGACAAAAUUAUCCUACCAUCGUCUUAUAUAGAUCGCAAAGUCUUAGAUCGAAUACCCAAUGCCGAUUGCAUUGAUGCUCGGAAAGCACUAACAAUGGACGGAUUUGACGGUGUAGAUCCCAGUACCGAGUGGGGCCGACGACUAUGUAAUAACAGAGAAAGGAUUUGGAUUGCCUUAUUCGUGCUAGAAAGAGGAGUCUGUCUUGCUCGAGGCAGAAGAUACACAGUUCCCAUCAGUCCACUUAUCAACCAUUGUGACAAGUUUCACACCAUUGACAUUGCUAUUCCUGGCGACCGAGCAAUGAUAUCGAUGUCAGUACUUCGACGAGACUUGGAUGGCCUCUUCAGCGAAGUCAGACUUCGAUGCGACAGUUUUACAUCAUCCGAUAAUGGAUCGAACAUUGCACGAGACAUCGAACGCAGUAUUGAGAAAUUCUUUGACAGUUGGCUAAUCAUCUGGACUGCAGGCAAGAAGGAAGCAUUACCACCCUACGUAGAAGUUAUGAUAACGUCAGUGCACAUGACCUCCACUCCUUCGGCGCUGACGAUUCUGUGUAGACAUACCAAGCUUUCGACAUAUACGAAGGUGAUGAACCAUCCUACAGCUCCUCUAGAGGUUAAGCGUUUGUUCAGAGCGUCUGCUCUGUCUUCAGCGCUCAAUGUCAUGCGGGCCGUCGUCCAAAGUAGCUCGCAGCUAGCAUCAAUGCCGAACAAUACAUGUAUCAUGUUAGCAUUUGCGGCCUGCAUGGCGCUCAACCUAUGCACUGGGCCGUCUUCCGGAGGUGCGAAUCUCGCCCCAAGUAUCGCACAGCUCAUCGAAGAGGCCGCAGACGUUUUGGAGCGUCUGGGAACUACCCCAAAGCAUAGGAGAGGUCAAUCUGUGUACUACGGAGAAUAUCUUCGUGACCUAGUGCGUCAAGCGCCAGUUCCUCUUCCUGCCACAGCGCCACCUCCAGCUGAAAAUCCUAAGCAUGCGGCCCAGACGAUGGAGACAGUUUUCAGUAGUGGCACGCAGCAGGCGUUCCAUACGCUACAAAAUUCAAACAACGUUUUGUGGGGAGAACCACUGCACUUCUCUGCUAUGUCUGAUGAUCAGAUCAAUGAAGCGAUUGGCCAGGGAUUCGAUACGACGAUGUCUGAGACAUCAGGGCUAUGGCUCGAUUGGAACGAUAUGCCAGAGUUCGGGUUCCAGUAAUCGUCCUGCAUGAGUACGAUGCGCGCCAGAGAUAUUUAGACUGAGCUGAUCUGCGAUCAAGUUACAGGGCACUUGAGAGUGCGCAAAUGCUUAUCGAUUAUUUGUAUAUCUUACAAAUGUAAUACUUAUUAUACUAAUACGAUUUUAUGAGGUUGAGGCGAACGACGUCGAGCAUCGUAAGCCCAGCCAAUAUCUGAGCGCCAUGCAUGCGACAUUAGGAAUGAGCGGAUAUCUACUACUAC